GGUACCUUACCAUCACUUCGCUGUUGCACCUCAUUUUGACGCCCGUGUGCACGAACGCGACGGCAACUAGAAAUCCAAAAAUGAUGCACGGAUGGGGAGGGUUCGGAAUGGGAGGCGGCGUCGGUGGCUUUCCGCCACGGAGGUUCGAAGAGCAAUACCAUUGUUAUUCCGUUGCGUACGCGGACAAGGCUGAUUUGGAGAAAGGCGACAAGAUUUUAUUGCCUCCCUCUGCGUUUGACACGCUAGCGCGUUUGCAGGUUGAUUAUCCUAUGCUGUUUCAACUAACGGCCGGUGAUCGUACGACUCACUGCGGGGUCCUGGAGUUCACCGCAGAAGAAGGGUGUGUUUACAUUCCUUUCUGGAUGAUGCAGAAUCUGUUGAUCGAGGAAGCGGCCUUGGUCACUAUAACCAACGUCAGUUUACCUAAGGCAACCUUUGUGAAGCUGCAGCCCCAGUCGGUCGACUUUUUGGAAAUUUCCAACCCGCGUGCCGUUUUGGAACACGCGCUUCGCAAUUUUUCUUGCGUCACCGCACACGAUAUCAUCCAGAUUCCCUACAACAACAAAAACUACCAUUUCGAACUGAAGGAAGUUAAACCGAGUCCAGCAGCAUGCAUUAUUGAAACGGACUGUAAUGUGGAUUUCGAUGCGCCAGUAGGGUACAAAGAACCGGAGUACGAGCCCACGUCCGCACAAAGCAGUGCCUGUCCUAGUCCAAUGGCAUCGUCCGUAGCAACGUCCAAAGUUUCCGACACUGGUGAAGAUGACCAAAAACCAGCCGGUGUCCGUAUUGUUGAUGGGAAAAUCAUACGCCCAGAGGAGGGCGAUUCUCAACAGACGGCUGCUUCGGAAAUGCUAGUGGAACGAGCAGGGCAAACGGGAGUGCAAAGAAAUUCUGCCAUUCCAGAGGCUGCCCCAGAAGUAGACUACUGGGCUUUGGCAGCAGGGGAUGGAGCACGACUGGACGGAAAGACCCCAACCGAACUCAAAGAUGCCGGGGGAAACAAAAUUGACGUUCGUAAACUACGGGCCGAAGCUGCCGCUCGCCGAGCCGCAGAUGCUGCCGCGCAAUUGUCGGUACCGAGUACUGGGAAAACACUUGCGGGUGUAGAAGUAGAAGCCCAAAAUCCAGUAACAGGAAAUACUGCGUCGUCACGUAAGAGUCGUGUGGGUUCCAAAUUUUCUCGGCUGAAGACGUCCACAACCUCCUUCCAGGGAUCGGUAAACUCCUUUAAGUAACAUAGUUGAAAUUCUUUUGGUAGAGUAUU